AUGCAGUGGCUGAUUCUAGCCUCCUUCUGCAUCUUCUCCUGUCUCGCCAAUGAGGUGAAAAACGCUACUGCGAAAGGCUCGUACGGAUCGUCGCCUAGUUACGAUGAACCAAGCUACGCUCCACCACCACCACCGCCUCCCAGCUACGAUCAGGGAUACGGUAACCCACCGCCGUACGGACCGUACAUGGCUUACCAAUACAUGCCACCGCCACCACCGCCUCUGGUAGACCGCGAUGUCUGCGAUUUGGACGCUUCUGUGCUUCUCGUGGUGGAUAGCCGACGAACCCAUCGCGAUCGCCAUCACCCUCCUGGUUUCCCUCCGAUGAACCGCGCUAACCGAGUUCGGUGUUCGGUGGUUGCAAACUACGAUGAGGACUCCUGCAACGCUUGCUGUCAGCAUGCUGCCCGUCGUGACAAGAGCAUGCCAAACGUAAGGCCAUUUUAUGGAACUUCAACUAUACUUGGAAUCUGCCUUCGUCGGAUUCUGGCCAUCACCGACGAUUUCGAAGACCGACGUUUCGACCGUGGCGACCGCGAUCGUGAUGACUCCGACGAGGACAUGGAUCACCUUCGAGUGAAACGUUCGCAACCAACAAAGGUUCAUCACUUGAAGCUUCGUGAGAAGGAAUUCGAGCCGCUGCCGUACUUCAGCAACGUGAAGUGUGUCUGCUGUGCUCCAAAGAGGCCUCUCCCACCACCGCCUCCACCACCACCAAUCUACCAACAACCGGCACAGCCCUUCUACGGACAGCCUGCCGCUUCGCAGCCAUACGGACAACCCGCAGCUUCCCAGCCAUACGGGCAACCCGCAGCUUCCCAGCCAUAUGGACAACCGCUGGCUUCCCAACCCACCUACCAACAGCAACCCGUCGCUUCGCAGCCCACCUACCAACAGCCAGCGGCUUCCCAACCCACCUAUCAACAACAACCAGCUGCCUCCCCGCCAUCCUAUCAGGCUGCUCCCAGCUUCCGCUGCACCGCAGCAGGAGCACCACCUGCUCAAGCACCUUCUAACACGGAAUACCCGGCUCCACCCGCGGCACAGGCUCCCCCUCAACCCGUUUACCAGCAAGCGGCACCACCAGCGCAAAAUCCUAUCCCAAAUCCAUACUAA